AUGAGCUCUAUAAAUGUGUCGUUUGGCGACGCGAAUUUGGGGGUUCAGGUAGGGAUCAAUCAUGGGCAAAUAUAUCUUCCAGCGGCGCCUUCCUCAGAGCUACCAAAGCGCCCUGAUCCCUUUUCGAACAUAUCGCUUUCCCACGAAGACUUCAUCAGCCGUGAUGCACUACUCAGCCAGAUUCACGAUAGAUCCUCGAACUCAGGGUCCAGAGUGGUACUCGUCGGCCUUGGGGGCGUUGGAAAAACACAGCUUGCCAUCGAACACUGCAACCGAAUUCGGCAACUUUCGCCUGAAACUUGGGUCUUCUGGAUCCACGCAAGUAACUCCGCACGUUGUGAACAAAGUCUCCGUGACCUUGCCGAUCGAGUUAAGAUUCCUGGACGGGAAGACCCUACUGCCAAUAUUUUUCGACUUUUCAGGAAUUGGCUACAAGACGAGAAGAUCGGGGGAUGGAUUCUUGUUCUCGAUAAUGUUGACGAUGACAGUCUCCUUCGCGAGACUUACGCGACUAGGUCCGAGGGCCAGGCAAACGACCGAAGUAUCAUCACGCCGCAGCCACCGCUAAGAUAUCUCCUCGAAUGCUCCAAUGGGUCUAUCAUUGUCACUAGUCGGAACAAAGGGGUAGCGUUGGACAUCGCUAGUCCAAAUGAUAUUAUCGAAGUACCACCAAUGGAGAAGGCCGAAGCUUUGGAUCUACUCAAGAAGAAAUUGAAUAUAUCUACGGAUCAUGAGGACAUACAGCAGCUGACUGAAGCACUUGAAUAUAUGCCACUGGCAAUUAUACAGGCUGCCAGUUAUAUCACACGUUGUUCAUCUCGUUGCUCGGUAUCGCAGUACCUUGAGAAGAUUCGAAAAGAUGACCUCCAGGCCGUGCGACUACUUCAACGCCAGGCAGGUCUUCUCUAUCAAGACUGGGAGGCCAAAAGCUCGAUUAUUCUCACCUGGCAAAUAUCAUUUGACAGUAUUCAGAGCACCAGACCAUCCGCCACAGACUUGCUUUCUUUGAUGAGCUUUUUUGAGCGGCAAGGAAUCCCUCUAAGCAUCCUUCGCGACUCACCAAGCCGAGCAAUCAAGGACAAUUUGAGUACAGGGAAUAUUACAGAUAGUUCGAGCGAAGAGGAUGGGGCUAGUAGGUCUGACGAUGAGUCUAGCGCAGACCAGUCGUUCGAAGAUGAUAUAACGACACUUUGCGACUUUUCAUUAAUCUCGUUUGGAGAGAACAACUCAAUACUCACAAUGCAUCGACUAGUGCAAUUAACAGUGCGUACAUGGUUGAAGGCACACAAAAAGGACGCGCAGUGGAAUGAAAGAUUCAUCAAUAAUCUAUGUCGUGACUUUCCGAUCGGGGAAUAUACGAACUGGGAACAGUGCCAUUCGCUGUUUCCUCAUGUUAAACUUGCGGCGUCUCAAUGCCCAAAAUCACACGAUUCGCGACAGAAAUGGGCAACGUUGCUUUCUAGAGCAGCGUGGUAUGCACAAGCAACCGGGAAUAUUGCAGAAUCGGUUGAAAUGGCGUCUAAGUCAACAAAUGAGAACUUGAAGUCUUUGGGAGUAGAUAGUAAAGAGACACUAAAAAGCGCUACUAUUCUAGCAACUGCAUAUAGGCUUGGGGGACUCUGGGGAGCGGCUGAAAAAAUCGAAGUGGAGGUCAUGAAGAUGAGCAAGACGAAGCUCGGCUUAGACCAUCCCUCUACACUUUUAAGUAUGAACAAUCUAGCAUUGAUAUACCAGAACCAAGGCCGAUGGAAGGAUUCAGAGCAGCUCUUUGAGGAAGUGAUGGAGAGGAGCGAGACGAGUUUCGGAUCGGACCAUGCCAACACACUAUCAAGUAUGAACAAUCUUGCGUCGAUAUACCAGAACCAAGGCCAGUGGAAGAAGGCCGAGCAGCUUUUAAAUAAGGUUCUGGAGAUAAGCAAGAAGGAGCCCGGCAUGUCAGACCAUCCUAGUACACUUUCAAGCAUGAGCAACCUCGCGUUAACUUACGGGAAUAUGGGCCAGUGGGAAAAGGCAGAGCGGCUACAGAUUGAUGUCGUGGAGACCCGCAAGAAAAGGCUUGGCACAGAUCAUCCCAACACGCUAUUAAGUAUUAAUAGCCUAGCGUCGAUAUACUGGAACCAGGGCAGAUUGGAGUCAACAGAGCGACUCCUUACACAGAUCAUGGAGACUCAAAAGACAAAGCUCGGUGCCGACCAUCCCAAUACGCUAAUAAGCAUCGCCAACUUAGCAUCAACUUUCUGGAACCAGGGCCGGUUAGAAGAGGCCGAGCUCCUUGAGGUGCAAAUCAUGGAGGCUCGCAAGACAAAGCUCGGCCUGGACCAUCCCGACACACUAACGAGCAUGGCCAACCUAGCGGUGACAUACCAAAACCAAGGCCGGUGGAAGGAGGCUGAGAAACUCGAGGUGCAUGUCAUGGAGGCUCGCAAGACUAAGCUCGGCGCGGACCAUCCUGACACGCUUACAAGCAUGGGCAACAUAGCGUGGACGUAUAGAAAUCAGCACCGAUUGGAAGAGGCCGAGCAGCUCUUUAUACAGGUCAUGGAGAUGAGCAAGACGAAGCUCGGCGUGGACCACCCCGACACAAUAACGGGCAUGGUUAACCUUGCCUUCACAUGGGAAUCUAUGGGUCGGCUUGCUGAUGCAAUUGAUUUACUCAGGAGCUGCGUGGCUAAGCAGCGACGAAUUCUGGGUCCCGAGCAUCAUCAAAUUGUAUCUAAUUCUAAGGCUUUGCUUGAAUGGGAAACUAGGCAUCUAGCGAUAGAGGCAUAA